AUGGAUCAUUGCCCUUUUGUGCGCAUCCUGGUGGGAAAUUUGGCCCUGAAAUUUCAUGUACCUACAAGGUCCUCACUGUCAAGGGUCCAGGACCCUUAUUUUUCUUGUUACUGUAAGAUCAAAUUCAACAACUUCCCUCAUCAAGUUGCUACAAUCCCUUUGAUCCAAUCAGGACAAAGUCUGGAAACUGCUCCUGUCGUGGCGUGUUUCAGUCUAAGCAAGCCUCAGAUUUGUCUUUGGGGUUCAUCGUUCAAGCUGUCUAUAGAAGUUUAUGCUGAUGGUAAUGGCGACAGUGCCUGUGGACUGGCAUCUGGGAAGUUAUUGGGGAAGGUUUCAGUGCCUUUGGAUCUCCAUGGCAUCUGGGAAUCGAGGCCGUGUGUUUUACAUAAUGGAUCGGUUCCUAUAGGCCGAAAUCGAAGCAGCAAGAAUGGAUCAUGUAUGCAGUUGUGUUUAAAUGUCAGGACUGAACCUGACCCGAGAUUUGUCUUCCAGUUUGGUGGAGACCCAGAGUGCAGCCCUCAGGUUUUCCAGGUUCAAGGCUCUUUUAAACAGGCAGUCUUCACUUGUAAGUUUGGUUUCAGAUCAUCUUUGUCGGAAUCAAACAGGUCCAGGAACUGGCUAUCUUGUCUGAAAUCUGGUAGGGACAAGUUCUCUAAAGAACUAAAAGGAUGGUCGAUUACAAUCCACGACCUAUCAGGCUCUCCGGUUGCAAUGGCAUCAAUGGUGACACCAUUUGUCCCAUCGCUUGGCUCAGACAGGGUUAGUAGGUCCAAUCCCGGUGCAUGGCUAAUUCUCCGUCCGGGAUAUAGAACCUGGAAACCUUGGGGUCGACUUGAAGUUUGGCGUGAGCCUGGUUUCAUCGACGCACUCAGUUACAGAGUCAACCUCUUCCACGAUAAUAUCAUGACAGCCACAGGUACAACCACAACCACCACCACCACCGUCGCCAGUUCAACUCUCAGCACCAAAUUUAGCGGGAAAUUCACCAUGGAUAUUUUGACAACCAACAUGGCAACCCCAAUCCAAACUCCAUUGAUAAGCUCACAAAGCAGCUGUGACUUCGGGUCGUCAUGGUCACAUUCCUCGUCAAGACCAGGGUCCGGAUCAGGGUCAGACUUCGGGUUUGGAGUGUUAUCCAUUUCUCCGCAGAGCGGUAGUGGAUUUGUAAUGUCAUCAACUGUGGAAAGUGCGGUGAAAUGCAGUAAACCGGAAGUGGAGGUAGGGGUGAAGCAUGUGACAUGCACGGAGGAUGCAGCAGCUUUUGUGGCGCUGGCUGCGGCGGUGGAUCUAAGCAUGGAUGCUUGUCUGCCAUUCUCUUAUAAGCUAAGGAAAGAAUUGAGGCAGCAAACUCAGAGCUUUGUCGUUUAAUACAGGUGGGGCCUUGUCGUUUUAGGUUGUUUGGUGUAAUAAACAACUAAUCGGAUGAGUUGGUUAGAUGUGCUUUUGGAUAUAAACACUUACAGCAGUUCUUGAGCUUGAUGUGAUAACCAUCAGUUUGUACAGUUCGAAUGACAUGGCAGGACAGAUUUGAGUCAGUUUUGUUUUAACUUUCAUGACCAACUUCUUGGA